UCCAAGAAGGGCCCGACCAAACGCGCCUGCUGCGGGUCCCGACCCGGUUCGGGUCCCGAUCUGUUGCGGGAUGUGGAGCGCCUCCGAGCCGCGUUAAGCGUGGAGCGCAGUCGUAACCAGCAGACCCACCGGCGCUUCUCUCUGGAGCUGCGUAAGCAGCGCGAGGAGGCUCGGCAGGAGCGAGAGCGAGCGCUGAGGGAGCUGACGUACCGUCUCGAGCAGCAGAAAGCGCUGGAGUUGUUGCGGCAGCAGGAAAGGUUGGGCCGCGAGCGAGCAGCGGAGGUCCGGCGUCUGUUGCGCUGGCGGGGUCAAGAGAAGCAGAAACAGACCCAAGAGCUCCAGCGUCAACUGGCGAAGGAGAAUACUGGGACCUGUAGUUCAAAGGUGUCCGCCAGAGAGUUUGGAUGUAAAGGUAAUGGGGCGACGUACCGGAAACUCGAGGAAUUGUUGAAGACGCUGUUUGCGCAAGCAGAUGGACGGCAGGUCGAGAUGCUUCAACGGCUCCAGCAAGAAGUGGACUUAGAGAAAAGCUACUUUCUGUGCCACUUGCUCGAAGCCCACGUUUGCCCUGUCCGGGAGGAUAAUGACGUCCAAACAGGGUGCGUUAUAAACCGAACCAGGCCGAGGUCAAAGAGCUGCAUGCACCUGCUGAGCGGCGUCCCAGAAUCUUCAGGCAAAGGAAAGCUAGGUCUGUUUCGCUCUCGCUCCCUGUCCCAGACGCCUCCGAGUGCUUCUCCUCAGCUUAUGAAGAAGGACUCUGAAACGCCUCCUCUCAGCUCCUCUGCAACAGAAGAGGAAUCAUGUCAAGCAGAUGUUUCAGGAGAUAAACCUCAGCCAUGUUCGUCGGAUGAAGAAAAGGACCUUCAGACUCCCAGCCUGUUGGAGAAGCUGAGGAGCUCGCCGUCCAGAUGUUCAGAGGACAAUAUGGAUAUGAGCGGCAGGGAUUAUGGUUUUCUCGUGCGGCAGAACUCGGAGCUUCUACGAGCUCUGGAGGAGACGGAGAAGACCUGCAACAACCUCAGAGAGGAGAACAAGAUCCUGAGGAAGAGCAGUUCUCCAGAGACAGAGGAGAAGGUGAAGCGCUUGAGAAAGAAGAACACAGAACUCGCCAUCAUCGCCAAGCGUCUGGAAGAGAGAGCUCGCAAACUGCAGGAGGCCAACCUGAAAGUGGUAAAUUCCCCCAUGCCUGUGAGAGCGGGUGCAGUGGAGCAGUACAAGCGUGCGUUUGCCCGUCAGAGAGCCAGAGACCUGGCGCAGCACGCUGACACGCUUCUAUGUAAAGACAAACAGAUCGCAUCACUGCAGCUCGACUGCAGACGACUGGAAGCGCGACUGCGGCCGGGGAAGGUGCUCGACACACACAACACAGGUCCUGUGGGAGUGAGUGACUUUGAGCGCCUCCUGAAGGAGUCUCAGAAGGAGGUGUUGCGUCUGCAGAGGCAGUUGUCUGUCACCUCCAGCAGAGAUCAGAGCAGUGCGACAGGUGAAACCCCUCCAGACAGUCAGGACAAAGGGGUCGAGGUCGCGUUUAAAACCCCACCGACAGUUGUAGAUGAGGACCCUAUUGAGGGGGAGGAGACUCCUGGUGAGGAGGCGGAGUCAGUGAAACCAGAACAGGACUCAAGCCCCGCCCAUCAGGAGGAGCAGACCGCAGAGGACCACCUGCAAUUGUUGGAACGUGAGCUCGGCAACAAGAGGAAAGAAUGUGAAGUUCUGGAACAUGAAGUGAAGAAGAGACGGAAGCAAUGUCUCGAUUUGGAGAGCCAGCUAGAGGACGAGCGCUGCGGGAAUGAGAGUUUAGUAGAGGAGGCAGAACUCCUCAGGAGGAAAGCUCACCUGCUUGAGCAGUCUCGGGCUGAAAAUGAGGAGCUAAAGGAAGAGCUCUGUGUGUUGAGCGCUCAGCAUCGUUCUGUUCUAGAGGAGAACCAGCGACUGCGUGCAAAGCUGGAGAACCUAGAGCAGGUCCUGAAGCACAUGCGAGAGGUCGCCGAGCGCAGACAGCAGCUGGAACUGGAACACGAGCAGGCACUGGCUAUCCUCAAGUUCAAACAGGAUGAAAUCAAGAGGCUACAGCGGGCUCAGUUAUUUGCUAAGCGAGAACAUGAAGGCGUCGUGCAAAUGCUGGAGGAUCUGGUGCAGCUUGUAUUGCACAGAGAGCUGACAAAAGUUCGGGAGCUGGAGGACAAAUGUCGCAGUCAGAGCGAACAGUUUGGACUUCUGUCACAGGAACUGGAUAAGUUCAGAGUUCAGGCUUCAAAGAUCGACCUGUCAGGACCAGGCCUGCUGUCCAGCUCCAGUCUGGACCAGCUCACCAAUGGCAUGGGCUUUCCUGGUGACACAGACACUAAAGCAUCAUGGGAAGACAUCACAUUCUGGAGUUUGGAGGGUAAUGAAGCCCUCUGUGAUGCUACUGAGCCUGACGUUGCUGCCGUCCUGCGUUCGAGUUCGACUCCGCAUGCAGCAGAGCUGUCGCGGCCCGAGCGCUCGCCGACCGUCAGGCACAGAGAGCUUCCGUCCAUCAGCGGGAAAUCUGCCUCCACAUCCAGCCCCACGCCGCCCAAAUCUGACUCCACCCACCUCUCGCCAAAAUCUGCCGGCUCUCACCCUGCCAGUCCAAGAAAGACCAGCCCUACACAUGAGGUGGACACUGCUAGUGAGGUUGAGGAUCUGGAUGUUGACGUUUCUCCAGCGCUGUAUUCGGUCAGUAGAGGAGCGGCUAAACUCCAGGUCUUCAUCGCACGUUACAGCUAUAAUCCUUAUGAGGGUCCUAAUGAUAACCCUGAGGUGGAGCUGCCCCUCACAGCAGGAGAAUACAUUUAUGUGUAUGGAGAUAUGGACGAUGACGGCUUUUAUGAAGGCGAACUGAUGGACGGACGGAGAGGUCUCGUUCCCUCCAACUUUGUGGAGCGUGUGUCCGACGACGACUUCAUGAGCGGCCACCCACACCAGGCAGGCGAUACAUCCCAUAAUUCCUUCCAGGAGAGCAGCUUCCACAGUGGCAGCGAGCGGCUACACCAACAUCACUUACGAUUCGCUCACAGCGUCUCGGAGAGGACGGAGACCUCCACGACAGCUUCUGCCCCUGGUGACAAUGCCAAAGCGAACCCCUCAGCCCCCUCGCCGGUGGCCCCGCUUACCAACGGCUUGGACCUAGAUCUAGAGGAAGUGGGGGUGGACAGCGUGCCUUACCCCCGCAGACUAACGCUCAUCAAGCAGCUGGCCAAGAGCGUCAUCAUCGGCUGGGAGGUUCCGGUAAUACCGGCCAGCUGGGGUUCUGACUUCAGCUAUAACGUCUAUGUGGAUCGUGAGUUGCGACUCAACGUGCCGUUCGGUACCCAAACGAAGGCCGUCCUGGAGAGGCUUGACUUGACGCAGAAGUCGCAUCGGAUAGCGGUGCAGAGCGUAACGGGGCACGGGAAUUCAGAUCAGCUGCGCUGUAGUAUGAUCGUCGGACGGGACGUCUGCGUGGCACCGACGCAUCUGCAUGUCGAGCGCGUAACCGCUACCUCGGCCAGUCUGACCUGGCUGCCUAGCAACAGUAACUACGUGCAUAUUGUGUCGUUGAAUGACGAAGAGUGCGAGUUGGUCAAAGCGGGAUGUUAUUCACUGUUCCUCAGUAACCUCACGCCCAGCCUGCAUUACAGCGUUAAAGUGGAGGCCCGGCCGCACCGCACAGCCUGGGAACUGCCGCCGGAAUGCAGAGAACGCAAAACCGCACUGACCUCUUUCACCACCCUGACCGCAGGUCCUCCUGAUGCUCCUCUGGAUGUGCAGCUGGAAUGCGGUCCGUCUCCGGGAAUCGCUCAGAUCAGCUGGCUGCCCGUCACCAUAGACGCUGCCGGGACGUCCAACGGUGUCAGAGUCACUGGCUACACCAUCUACGCAGACAAGAACAAGGUGUUAGAGGUGUCGUCACCCACAGCAGGCAGUGCUCUGAUUGGUCCAUCACAGAUCCAGACGUUACAGGCGGCCCAUGAGCUCACCGUACGAACCAUGUCGGCGUUUGGUGAAUCUGCGGAUUCAUUGUCCGUGAAUGUGCCAGUCAAACUGCCUGCUAUCAUGUCCGGUACCUCACUGCCUCAGUGCCAGUCUGUGCCAGCGGACGCCAGUCUCCUCAACACCGGUGCCAACCCAGAGCCUGCUGUGUGUGCCACGUUAUCUGGUGCCAAAAUGCCCAUGCUGCCGCACGCUGCCACACUGGACGAACACUCCGCCGGUCCUGUCAGGGGAGCCUACGUCAACACGCCUAAAGCAGUCGCCUGUGAGAUGCCUCAGCACACUGCUUCCUGUGUUGAAGCCUGGGCCAACCCAGCAUCUGUUGCCAUGGCAGCACAGGCGACUCCAUCACCAUCUGCCUCUCAUAAGAACUCAACUGUGAGCGUGCCUGUGCCCGUCGUCGCACCUGCAUCCAUGGCGGCUCCCCUGACCCUGCCAGCACCUGUGCCCGCAUCAGCCGCUUCUGCCCUGCCUAUGCCCAUCGCUGUACCGACACCUGUGGCCGUGCCAGCGCCCGCAUCAGCACCCCCGCAGAGCAGUGCACCCCCCGCUGUGCUGAACCCAAUCAGAGAGACCGACAGCCCGGGUGCCCAACGUCCUGUUGCCUCCCUCUCCGACUUCCUGGAGGACCCCCGUGCCAAACUUCACACUCCGCCGGCCAGUUCUGCCGCUCCCAAAGUCAACAUCCCAGGAAAGGACCCUCUGGACAUCCCGGAUACACACCCGCUGAGACCUCCCAAUGCAUCGCCCUUCGAGUCGGAGACAGAGGAGGAGCGAGAGGGCAGCAGGCUGGUGUCCAUUGAGGAGUUCCUGCGGCCUGUACCUCAACCUCGAAUUAAGGUGUAUGCCGGAGGUCUCCUGGACCCUCCCCCAGACUACCAAGGAGAAAGCAGUCGAUCUGAUCUGUCCGACAUACUGGAGGAGGAGGAAGAAGAUCUGUACUCUGAGCCCCUCACAGACACGGCUCCUACAGGCAGAUCGGAAUUUUGGGAACCGGACAGUGAUGAAGAGAUCCUGGAGAGGAUUAUAAAGCUCCCCCCUCAGGCCUACCGCAACAAGCAGCUCUUCAGCAUCCCAGAGGUCACAGAAGAGGAAGACAGCACAGAGUCUGAACCCCACACCAGAUCGUCCCCAAAACGGACCGCCUCGGGCGACCCGCGGCACCGUGAGGGUCGCCGUCAUUACCCCAACCGUGCCAGUCAAGGACGCAAAUCUGAAUCGGCUGUGGUGAGAUACGGAGGCAGAGAACUGGUCCGGGUCAGACCUAGAGUCCGCUACGCCGACACGGUAGACACCGCCAACUGUCUGGACGAGGAAGAUGUGGAGUUGGACACCGGCGGAGGUCUGUACUCCGCUCCCCGUGCGAUGCACAAAGGACAUGGCGAUAGACUCAGAAGAGAGGCUCUGCUAUGCAGCAGAAUGACCUGUGACCUGGCGUGCUCGGAAACAAGGCAGGGACCGUAUUUAUUAAGCAAGACCGUGCACAGCGUGAAGACGCCCACCGGACCGUCGGGGGAGAUCGAUGUGGAGUAUGGAACGGAUACAGAUGAUCCUGGAGAGGGGGUGUCAGAGCAGAUGACCUCGGAGUGGUGGGUGGAGGGCGGUAGACAUUACUGUCGCCACCUGCCCGUGACGUGCAGACCGCAGGCAGAGCUCGCCCCGGGCGACCGCUCAUGGGAGGCUGGAGGUAGAGAAGCAUCUCUGACAGGUGCAGUGUGGUGCGGUCCAUGUGAUGUUACUCCUAAAUCAACACGCUCUAAAACUAGACUGGCCAGAGGUGAG